UGUUAUCCCAGGAUGAAUCCUAUGUGGCGUGCAGAAGUUACUGUUAAGCCUACACUGAAAGAGAAGUUCAGACAUGUUGAAGUGGAUGAUUGGGAUACAGAUCCUGACUUUGUUGUGCUAUUAGCAUGGUAUUAUAAGAUUAGUUUUCAGAAUGAUGUGAGUGAAAAAGAAAGUCGUUGGGGAGCAAAAACUGUGGAAGGAUCCGGCCAUCAAGAAUCCGUCUCAUUGGAUCAGUUGCGUAAAGAAGUGAUGAAAAGUGACAGUUCAAUCAAAGCAAGGAAAGCAGAGGAAAUACCCAAAGCGAGUGAUGGGUAUGGUGGUAAAUAUGGAGUGCAAAAGGAUCGCAUGGAUAAGGUCGCCGAAACAUGGGAAUAUUCCGGAAAAGUAGAUAAGCAUGUAUCUCAGAAAGAUUAUGCUAGAGGUUUUGGUGGAAAAUAUGGUAUUGAAACAGAUCGGAAAGAUAAAAGUGCGCUUGGAUGGGAUGAAAAAGUAGUGCUCUCGAAACAUGAAAGCCAAACAGAUUAUACAAAAGGCUUUGGUGGGAAAUUUGGCGUUGAAGUAGAUAGAAAAGACAAAAGUGCAUUUGGUUGGGAUGAACAUGAAAAGAUUUCUCAGCAUGAAAGUCAAACAGACUAUAAGAAAGGUUUUGGUGGAAAAUUUGGUAUUCAGGAAGAUCGUAAAGAUAAAAGUGCACAUGGUUGGGAAGAACAGGAGAAGUUGCAGCAGCACGAAAGUCAAAUAGACUAUAAAAAGGGAUUCGGAGGUAAGUUUGGCAUUCAGGAAGAUCGACAAGAUAAAAGUGCAGCAGGAUGGGAUGAUCAGGAAAAGUUGGCUACACAUGUAAGUCAGAUAGAUUACAAAAAAGGAUUUGGCGGGAAAUUCGGUAUCCAGCAGGAUAGGAAGGACAAAAGUGCCGUGGGUUGGGAUGAACAUGAGAACUUGCAUCAGCAUGAAAGUCAAACCGAUUAUAAAAAAGGUUUUGGUGGUCGCUUUGGUUUACAGGAAGACAGGCAGGAUAAGUCAGCUGUUGGUUAUCAGCAUCACGAAGAAUUAUCACAGCAUGAAAGUCAAAAAAAAUAUGCUAAAGAACUCAGUGAGAAGUUGACAGUUCAAAAUAAACAGCAAGACCAGAACAGAUUGGCCCAUCACUUUAUCAAAAAUGAAAAUGAAUCGAAACAGUCAGUGGUUGUGCCGAGAGGAAGUGCUUCAAAUUUACGUGCUAAAUUCGAACAACUUUCAGUAGCUGAGAAUGAUGAGAAGGUGCGGCAGGAACGCGAACGUCGGAAGCGAGAGGACGAACAAUUACGCGUACAGCAACAGAAAGAAGAGGAGGAAAGACAGAAAAGAAUUGCUGAGGAGUGGAAACGACGUGAGGAAUUAGAGGAACAGAUGGACCCGGAAGCAAUUCAAGAAGAAAUACGGCAACAUGAGCACAUGCAUCAUACUGGAGGCAUAUCAAAAAGACAUUCCCGUACGCCAGCUGGUGCAGUGGCAAUAAUGCCAGGAAUGGCACGGCCACCGAAACAGGAUACUUUUGAACGGCCUGUCAGCUAUGGGAAAGAACAUUUCUCAACUUCAGUCGAAGAACCACGACCUCAACCAGUUAAAUUACCGAUUUUCAAUCCAUCGUCUGCACAUACAAUGCAUUCACUCAGUACAAGGGGUUGGAGUUUAUAUUUCGAGUAUUUGAUUAAUACCAGUUUUUCUAUACUUUUUCAAAAUUUUGACACUGAAAUUCUUCGUCAAUUCAAUCAUCAUUGGUUCAAUUUUAUAGCUAAUAAAGUGUUUGAUAAUGUGAACCUUCAAACUUUGUCAAGUGAUAAAGCAAAUGGUGAUGAUCAAGAUUGGGAUGAUGAGCCCCAGAAAAACAGUAAUAUGUUCUUAGCAGUUGUUUCAAAACCUACUUUCAAAGCAGCUUCUAAAAUUUGUCAGGAAAAGAAAACGACUGGAGUUAGUGAAGGAACAUUAAUUGGAGAAAGAUAUGAUGUGGUUCCUGAAGAUGGGAUGCUACUACGAUCAUCCACAACACAUUCACUAGAAAAUAAUGCGAUGUAUAUUCAGCGUUAUGAAGAACCACCCAUAGAAGAAGAGCCAUCAAAAACGACAGAAAUAUCAGAAAUUGACCCUCUUUCACCUCCAACACAUCCUCUUGUUUCCACAGACCUUACAGCUAUUGCCAUUUAUGAUUAUCAAAAGCAAGAUGAUGACGAGAUUAGUUUCGAUCCAAAUGAUAUCAUUACUAAUAUUGAUCAGAUAAUUGUAUAUUUGUUUUUACGCUUUCAGGUUGAUGCUGGCUGGUGGCGAGGACUGUGUAAUGGGCAAUAUGGUUUGUUCCCAGCCAAUUAUGUAGAAUUACGCUGA